AGCGUAUCUCAGACCCAGCCUAUUCUCAAAUAUUCUGUGAUCACGAGAAGUAUAAACAAAACCGCAAUCGAGUAGAUUGGGGUCGCAUUACCCGACCCGUUUUUUAUCAUCUAUCUUUGUCCUUCAUCCCCAACCUCGUACCAGCGCCGUACCCAAACUGAAACCAACGAACCUCCCAUAUCACAUUUGAAUCUCCAUUCCGUUUGAGUAGUGAUGUUGUCGUUCUCCAAUUUCAAGAAGCCUUUCCACAUUCCCUGCUUCACCAAUUCCCUUACAACAUUAUCCGUUUCCUCCAACAACCCAGGUCUCCGUUUCUGCCUCUGGAUCGCCCUCAAAUUCGAUUCCCUCAAAAAUGAACCCUAUUACUCCGUAACCCGUGUCCUUUCCCAUAACAAUUGUCAUUCCUUUUACUGGGAUGCUCUUCACCUUCUAAAAGAUAAAGGAAUUUUAAUCACUUCAGGUUCCAUUAGAGCUUUAAUUAGGUUUUAUUCUCAUUCCGGUCACACCGAAAAUGCCAUCAAUGCAUUUGCUAAAAUGCGCGAAUUCGGCGUUAAGCCUGAUGCUCAUACUUAUAACACAAUUUUGAGAGAUGUGUUGAGGCAAAAGUUGUUUGUUCUUUCUCUUGCAUUGUAUAAUACUAUGCUUAAAUCCAAUUGUGUUCCUAAUGAACAUACUUAUAAUAUGUUGAUUGACGGGUUUUGUAAAAGUGGUAAUAUUAAAGGUGCACGUGAGGUGCUUGAUGAAAUGCAGAAAGUUGGUUUUGUUCCUGAUGCUAUAUCUUCUAAUUCUAUUCUUUAUGGUUUGUGUCAGACGCAAAAUGUUGAUGAGGCACAUAGUUUGUUUAGUCUCAUGAAGGAAAAUGGGUGUUCUCCUGAUUUGAUUUCUUGUAAUACUUUGCUUCAUGGGUUUUGUAAGCUUGGGAGGCUUGAUGACGCAGUUUCAUUUCUUAGAUUUAUUAAGCAAGAUGGUUUCUCUCUUGACCUAAUUGGAUAUUGUUCCCUUAUUCACUCGUUUUUUAGGGCUAGAAGAUAUGGUGAAGCGCUUGCGUGGUAUGCGGGGAUGUUUAAGGCGGGCUUUAAGCCUGAUGGUCAUUCGUAUGCCAUUAUGUUACGUGGUUUGUCGGGUGGGGGUAGGAUUGGUGAAGCUGCUAGGAUGUUAGAUGAGAUGGUUCGGAUAGGUUUAACCCCCGAUGUUCAUUGCUACAAUGCCAUGCUUAAAGGUUUAUGUGACAUGGGUCUUUUGGAUCGAGCGAUGUCUCUUUAUCUUGAGAUGUCUGAGCGCAAUGCUUACACACACACCAUUCUCAUAUGUGAAAUGUGUAAGAGAGGGAUGGUUGAGGAUGCACAAGAAGUAUUUAAUCAGAUGGAGAAGCUUGGAUGUAUUCCUUCAGUUGUGACCUUCAAUGUUCUUAUAAAUGGACUUUGCAAGGCUGAUAAACUUGAGGAGGCACGCCUUUUAUUUUACAAGAUGGAGAUCGGGAGAAAUCCUUCGUUAUUCUUAAGCCUUUCUCAGGGUUCUGCUCAGGUCCUUGAUAGUACUAGUCUCCAGAAAAAGAUAGAGCAAAUGUGUGAGGCUGGGCAAUUUUUGGAAGCUUACAAGUUUCUUAUUCAACUUGCUGAUAGUGGGGUUGUGCCUGACAUUAUUACAUACAAUAUUCUAAUUAAUGCCUUUUGCGAGGCUUGCAAUAUUCACGGUGCUUUCACACUUCUUGAGGAUCUGCAAAAGAAGGGUGUCUCACCCGAUUCUGUUACUUAUGGGAUACUUGUUAAUGGGCUGUACUUAGAUAACAGAGAAAAUGAUGCCUUAAAGAUUUGUGAGCGUAUUCAGAAGGCUGGCUUUAAACCUAGCAUUGCAUUUUAUAGAGCAGUUAUGACUUGGUUGUGUAGAAUGAGCAAGGUCUCACUGGCCUUUAAUCUUUAUUUGGACUAUUUGAAGAGCCUUCCUAGUCGACACAAUGAUUCAAUCAGUGCUUUGGAGAAAUAUUUAGUCGAAGGAAAACUGGAACAAGUGAUUCGAGGUUUACUAGAACUAGACUUCAAGGCCAGAGAUUUUGAUUUAGCUCCAUAUACAAUUUUACUUAUUGGAUUCUGUCAGGUACAAAAAGUAGAUGAAGCAUUACUUAUAUUCUCUGUUCUCAUCGAGUUCAAUAUCACAAUCAACGCUACAAGUUGUGUACAUUUGAUCAAAGGUCUCUGUAAGGAAAGGAGGCUAGACGAUGCAGUAAAAAUAUUUCUUUACAGUCUGGACACUGGUUUCUUUUUGAGGCCAAUGAUUUGUAAUCAUCUCCUCGUGUAUCUGCUUCUUUCCCAUGAUAAAAAGGAGUGUGCUGUUGAUAUUAUUUGUAGGAUGGAAUCUUUUGGAUACUGUUUUGAUUUACCAGAAUUUGACAGGGCAAUGUACCUUUUAGACCAAUACCUAAAACAAAAGCAAAGAAAAAUUGCUCUCAUAAGAAAUUAAAUAACACUGAUUGAUUCAGCUGAACGGGCUUCUUUAUUUUGCUCUUCAGAGAAUAUCCCCAUUCAGGAAUAUGGCCAUGAAUCGAGAGACUCGCUGCGCUUUCUGAUGAGCCAAAGGUAUCUCCAUGCAAGGAUACUGAUGGAACCAUUAUAAUAGAUGCUUUUAGGUUGUCUUUUGGUGGUUUUGGCAAUAAGCAUGCAAUCAGAGCUAAACAUGUUGAGGAAUUUUUAGCAGGAAAGCUGUUAUGUGUUAGUAUUCUAUAUGACACCGUCAACUUGUUUAAGGUGACAACCUCUAUUAUACCUCAAGAUGAAGCCUCAAAAUAUGCUUACUUUUCAAGUUUAGCAAUUGGUUUUCUUUUUCAGUUCUUUAACUUAUUGACAGUCCUGCAAGAAUAAUUGAUGGUUAUUUAAAUGGAUAUACUCAUUCGCCUUCUGUCGAUGAUUCUAAAUUAAAAGAGAAUUAGAAGCUGGUUCAUCAUAACAAAUUUCCUACUUAAUUGUCGUCUGGGGAUCAAGUAAUUGAAGCAGGCAGUGAGUAUCGUCCGAUCGGCGAGGCAGUCGUGAAAUGCGGCACUGCGCUACAACCUUCAGGUGAGGCUGUGUUUGUGGAUGACAUUCCAUUAACAACAAAUUGCCUUCAUGGAACAUAUAUUUAUAGUGCAAAACCAUUGGCAAGGAUAAGAAGUAUAAAACUAAGGCAAGUAUUGGAACUGGAGUGAGGGACAUCCAUUCAAGUAAAGACAUUCCCAGUGGUGGGAAGAACCUUGGAGCAAACACUAGAUUUGGUACAGAACCUUUAUUUUCCGAAGAGAUUGCUAGAUGUGUUCGCGAGAACGUCUUACCUUUGUGGUGUGUUCUUAAAUCAGUUAUUUUGUUCCAAAAUGUUGCAGAUAUGGCUGCAAACUCUGUUGUUGUCGAUUACAAUAUGAAGAAUCUUGAACCACCUAUCCUAUGUGCUGAAGAUGCUGUCGAAAAAUCUAGUUUUUUUCGAAGUUCCUCCAUUUCUCUGCCCAAAAAAUCAAGUUGGUUGAAGCAGAUCACAUGAUUCUUUCUGCUGGGGUACAUGUGCAGAAUAAAUUUGUUUGUGGUUCUUGAUAUGAUGCUUAAAUUUGAUACUGAAUAAUGAAUGUUGCUGGUUAACGAUCAAACAUAUUCAUCGCCAUUAACAAUCGAUGAAUCGAAUAUAAAACUUGGAUCUCAGUUCUAUUUCGAGUCAAUAUGAACAUUCUACUAUAGCAA